ACUUCCCCUCUUGGCUGUGAGGUAUGUAACAUUCAAGUGUUUUUAUCAGAACGCAGAGAGGAAAAAAAACCCAGCCAUAAUCCGUUGUGUUUGCUGGUCGCUUAUGCUGCCCAAUCGUCCGUGUUGAGCCUGUGUCGCCAUGGCUGUGUGGAACAGGAGUACGUUACUGGUGGUGCUUCCUCUGUGGAUGAGUGUUGGCAAUGCUGCUCUUCUCGAAGAACCACACAUCUGUUACGUGCUGGAUGGUAUCCUGUUUUUGUACGGCAUCAUCCUGACAGCACUCUACUGUAGAAUUAAGAUCUGCAAUGCGAGGAAGGCUGCAGCUGGGAAAGCAGAGGCCAAGCAGACUGCUGAAGAGGGAAUCUACACGGGUUUGACUCCUCACAUCCAGGACACAUAUGAAACUAUUGGCUUGAAGAAGUGACGUGAUGAACGAAAGUCCAAGAUGGAUGUUUUUUUUUUUGUAUUUAAAGGUUGCAUGUAUUCUCCUGCUUAUACUUUAGGAAUGUGAGACUGUGUGCACCAGCGUUCGUUUCCCUUUUGCUCAGCUUCUCUGAAGGAACAAAAACAGGGAAGAUGAACCUGAGAUGCACAGUUUUUAAAAGUGCUUACUCUGAAAUAACAUAUUUCCACUGCUCCACUCCACAUAUUUAAUUUUUAUGCAAACAUAUUUUGACAAGUAUGAUGCUUCAGAUGCAUUUUUGUAAUACUUGUAAUACUAUUUCUGUCCCUACAUGCUCACUAGCGCCGACCUGCUACAGACUAUCCAAAUACCGUUUUCUUUUUCCUUUUUUUUUUUUUGAAAGGUCUUUAUAAAGGAACUGAAAAUAACUUCCAAAACUGUCAUAGAGAUACUGACUAGUGUUUCGUAGACACCACAGGAUGGCAGUGAUGGUGAGGGCUUUGCCUGUUCAUACUCACAAACACGCUCAGGUUCUUUUCUCCCAGCAGAGAGAGCCUUAAAGGAAUCAAAGAAGCAACACAGGCUGUGGGAGAGUUUUGUAUGCAAACUGUAGGACACAUGGAACUGUCAUACAUACACAAAAGCUAUUAAAUAUUUAACUUGCUUAUUAA